AUGCAUUUGUUUAUCUCAUUUGCUUAUCUAUCUAUCUAUCUAUCUAUCUAUCUAUCUAUCUAUCUAUCUAUCUAUCUAAUGUCUCCUUUUAUCUCUGAAAUGUAUGUUUAUCUCAUUUGCUUAUCUAUCUAUCUAUCUAUCUAUCUAUCUAUCUAUCUAUCUAUCUAUCUAUCUGUCUGUCUGUCUGCCUGCCUGUCUAUCUAUCUAUCUAUCUAUCUAUCUAUCUAUCUAUCUAUCUAUCGGAUCUAUCUAUCUAUCUAUCUAUCUAUCUAUCUCAGUUCUACUACUAUCUAUCUGUCUAUCUAUCUAUCUAUCUAUCUAUCUCAUUAUGUUCCUAUCUCUCUAAUUCUGUUUCUCUUCCACUCUCUCUCUCUCUCUCUCUCUCUCUCUAUCUAUCUAUCUAUCUGUCUAUCUAUUUCUAUGUUUCUCUAUGACUUUCUUUCUUUCUUUCUUUUCGUUAUGGUCUCUUGUUCUUUUUUUCUCCUUUCAUCUUUUUUUUUUUCAUUUUUUUUUCUUUCUUUUAUGUCUAAUUUCACUCUUUUUUCUAUGGUCUUUCUUUAUUUUUUCUUUCUUUCUAUUCCUUUUCUUAUUUCUUUUAUUUGCCCUUUCUUUCUAUCUUUCUUUCUUUCUUUCUACAUUUCGUUUCUUGUUCUUUUGAGAUUCCCUGUUAUUUACUCUUUCUUUCUUUCUUUCUUUCUUUUGACUAUUUUACCUUUGCUCUUUCUUAUGUACAUUCUGCGUUUGUAUCGUUUUUAUAUCAAGUUAACACUUACUUUCUUUUUUUUCAUUUUAUUUUGUUUCUUAGUUAUUUACUCUUUCUUUCUAUCUUUCUUUCUUUCUUUCUUUCUUUCUUUCGUUUCUUGUUCUCUUGAGAUUUUCUUUAUUUACACUUUCUAUCUUUCUUUCUUUCUUUUUUCUUUCUUUCUUUUGUUUCUUGUUCUCUUGAGAUUCCCUGUUAUUGACUCUUUCUUUCUUUCUUUCUUUCUUUCUUUCUUUCUUUCUUUCUUUCUUUUGACUGUUUAA